CUUAAAGUUCUCCUCUUUCGUGUGGAUUUUCCCGAGAAAAUUCCCAGCUCGAGAAGCUCUCGGUAGGGCUUCUUGUUGAAUACUUGGCGCGGUUGCCGGGUGUUCUUGGGUUCGUUGUUUUUUUGUUUUUCCGGUAAAUGGUGUUUGCGGGUUCGGAAGAAGAGACUAUGGCGAUGGGACCCGAGAGAUCGAAGCCUCUUCACAAUUUCAUGCUGCCGUGUUUGAAGUGGGGGAGUCAGCGUCACCUGAGGUGCAUGAAAGUGAACCCCAACGGCGCCGACGCUUCCGACGCCGGAGAUCCCCGGAAGAAGAGGGAAUUGGAGCCGAUGGUGAAUAAUGCGAGGGACUCUGAGAAGAGGAUGAGGAUGACGAAACCGCCAAUUCACGGCGAUGAUGGGAUCGAUGCGGUGAGGGAGAAGCUGAUGCUUGAUCUGAAGACUGAGGCUGAUAGGAUCAAAGAUGCGAUUUUGAGGAAGGAGGUGGCGGCGGAGAAUGAUGAUCAUGAGGAGGCGGCGGCGGAGGAAGAAGUGAGGCCGGAGGCGGUGGCGGCUGCUGCCGGAGUGAGGCCGUGGAAUCUGAGGACGAGGCGAGCUGCGUGUAAGGCUCCGGCCGCCGGAGAUAGUGGAAAGGGGUUGAAGAUUGAGGAGAAGAAACCCAACAACUCGUCAUCGCCGUCGCCGUUGAGGACUAAUAACGGUGCCGUGAAGUCGCCGAAAUUGAGAGGCACUCCUGAGAAGACGAAGACGGAAAAGGUGAAAUUUUCUUUGUCCUUGUCAAGGAAGGAGAUUGAGGAAGAUUUCAUGCAGUUGCUGGGUCACCGUCCUCCCAGGAGGCCCAAGAAGAGGCCCAGAGUUGUCCAGAAACAAUUGGAUACCCUUUUCCCUGGUAUGUGGUUAUCUGAGGUUACAGCUGAUUCAUACAAGGUUGAAGAAGCUCCUGAGAAUGGCAAGGUAGCAUUGAGAUUGGCAACACUGAAGGCACCUGUUGGCUGAAUGCUGGUGAUAACAGCUAAUGAGUCUGAUGUGGGAUUUGAUGGACGUGUUGGUUUUUCCCAGUAGCAGUUGAUGUAUGCCUUUGUUGCAUUCAGAUGCUAUUUUUGAUUCCUUAAUGUUAGUUCAUUCUUUUGUUUAUAAGAAUAAUUCUCUGAACAGAGAUGAUUGUUCUAAAUCCUAUGAUUGAGGAGAAUACUGCAAUUAUCUGACUUUUUAGUCUUCUUUUAAAGAAGCUAUCUAGUUUCAAGGACAAAGCUAUAAUAUGACAAUUUUAAACUUUCAUUUCAAUUCCUAGUAUGGCACUUUU